UCUGACCAACGUCAAAUAAACGCAGGGCUCGCGCGCGCACCGCACCGCGCCUGCACACUGCGCCUGCGCACCACGCAGCAGUUGACGAGGCUGUUAGUGCGCCUGCGCUGGCUGUCCACGCUCCCCACCCCCCCCCCCCCGCAGAUUCUGAGCCCCUUUGCCGAAACCGGCCGGCACGCGCAUGCGUGUUUCCGGUAGCUGGGCUCCAGACCCCGGCGAGAAGCCGCGGCUCUCAGGUUUGCGGCGGGACGAGCCGGAAGCUGCUCUGUUCCAUUACCUUCCCUCGGUCUGGCGGAAAUUAAAGAGCUGUUAAGAGAGGUUCCGGAGCCGGCCUGCUGUGUAGGUGGCUGAAUGGAGACCGAGGCUGUACACCGGCCACUGACCCGCCGCGCGACGCUGGCCUCUUCCUGGGAUGCCGCGUGCGGAGCCGUGGCCCAGAGUCUCCAUGUCACCCGGGCUGGCCUCGGCGCCGCGGACGCCGACUGGGAGGAGCUGCUGGCGCCGCCUGCCACCGGCCAGGAUGGGGUGAUUUUGAAAAGGAAUGUGAACAGCCAAGAUGAAAGCCCCUGCUUCCUUUACCUGAGAUGUGACCCUCACGGAGGUGAAGAAAUCGUUUCUGUGGGCAUUUUAAGUUCAGCCAGAAAUAUGGAAGUGUACUUAGGAGAGGAGUACUGUGGAACCAGUAGGGGCAAGAAUGUGUGUAGUGUUCUGGAUAACAGUGAACAUGAAAAGAUUAUUUUGUACAAAAAAUAUCUAAAGUUGGAGUCCUCCACACACGCUUGUAAAAUAAAGCUGCUCUCCUUUGGUGAAAAGCAGUGCGUGUUCAUCAGUAAAGUUGUGGUACACAUGAGGCCAGUUUCGGCAAAUUCUUCAGCAGGAGGUCCUGCUCUAGGAUCGAGGAUAGACCUGGAUCGGGUCCAAACCAUCAUGCAGUCCAUGGGGUCAAAGUUAUCACCUGGAGCUCAGGAAUUGAUGAACAUGGUUAGAUUCCAGCAGCAUAAUUGUAUUCCCACUGGAGAGCAUCUUCAGUCGGUUUUGGGAAGCACUGGAUGCAAGCCCGUGAUUGGACUGCAAGCAUCAUCUCCUUCGGGAGCCUUCGACAAGUCAUCCUCCACACCUUUUCCUUUCAGAACUGGAUUGACCUCUGGAAAUGUGACUGAAGACUUAAAAGCUUACACGGGUAAAAGUACGCAGCCAGCUGGUGGAGGAAAUGUGACAAGCCUCCAAGCGUGUACAGUUGUGCCACAAAACCAAUCUCUUCUUGAGAAUGAUCUUAAGAACGCAGUAUCUUCUUUCUUACCAAAGAAGGCAAGUGACAACUCACACAUACCUAACUCUGAGUUGCUGCCUUUUCUCCAGAAUUUGUGUAGUCAAGUGAACCAUCUCCGUGUGGGCCCUGACACCAAGUGGCAGGAAGGCAUCCCCAAGCCCGGCAAAGGCACUGUGGGAGUUACAGUAGAAGAGCAACCUGUUUGUUCCUACUUGGAAAAGAUUCUUUCUAAAAAUAUGGAACUGAUGGAAAAGAAACUUACGGACUACAUUGAUCAGCGAAUAUAUAAACUCCAGGAGCACAUAGAUAAUAAGAUUGCUUUGCUAAUAGACUUGCUGCAAAGUCCCGACUCCCCACCCUCUGGGAUGCCUCUAAGACAUUAUGACUCUGGAGAAAGACUUUCAAAUGGAGAAAGAUAAGCACUCAACACGUACUACAAAUAUUUAUUACAUAUUUAUUACGAAGCCAACCCCCCCCCCAAAAGUUUAUGGAAACAAGUAUUUAAUGUUCUUUUGAAAUAUCACCUCAGUGUACAUUUUUAUUGCACUUGUUGUAAAUUCAGUACUAUACAGUAAGUUAACAUGACAGGAUCAUAAGUUAUUUUUGUUCACAAUAUUUUUCACUCUUAAUGAAAUUUAUGUAUACUUCUGGGUUAACUUUUAAGAUUUUAAGGAUUUCUAAAACAAUUCAUUAGUUUGUAUUGUAUAUGUGUUUCUUAGAAGUACAUUUUUUAUUUAUACAAAGACUUUUAUAGUCUUAGGAGUCUGAAAAAUAAUGCUUAGAGUAUUUGAUAAUUUUUCUUUUUCUAAUUGAUUGUUUUUGGAAAAUUAGAUACCUAAGAUUGGAUACUUAAAACUUGGAACCUUUCAUUCACAUCACUAGUUUACAUUUCAUAUUGUUUAUCUCAGAUGAUGAAGAAGAUGCAGUGUUUGGCAUGUGUAAAAUUAAUUUACACUGAGGUUAAUAUUAUUUGUUUCAGGACAGUGUCACAGUAGAUAGGGAAGUGAAAAUCAGAACUAGCCUAUUCCUUGUUAGGAAUAUUAUUUUAGAUUUAGUGUUUGAUGUAAAAUGAGAGAAGUCAUCUUGUUUUAUCUCAAUCAACACAGAAAAUAUAAGGAACUGUUUGCCUUUCUGAGCUGAUAUAGGUUCCUCUUUCCAGAACCCUUUUCUGUAUGUUUAAAGUGUGAAAUUCUGAGGUUCUGCAUAUGAAUCAGGGAGAUUGCAGUUCUCUCAGGCAGACUUAAUUUUUAGAAAUUAUAACUAUUGUAUAUGUGUUGAAGGGUGAUGUAUUUGCAUUUAAAAAAUAAAUGUAUCCACUCUGGAAACUACUUGUCUAAGUAAAUGGAAAUUUUUUUAUUUUCAACUAAUCUGUGCUUAAAAUUCUUUAUUUUUAUGAAAAGGAGUGUUUCACAAUUGAUAUUUUGGUCAAUUCUUUAAAAUGAGGGCUAAUUUAUAUAUUCUUUGUUCAUUUGUAUCUUACUACCAAGGUGACACAGUAUGUGAAACAUACUCUCAUUACAGCCAUUUGAAAAAUU